AUGGCUGGAAGUCCCGUGGUGAACGUGCCCUGGCUGCAGGAGGAGAGAGCUGUGCUGGGACUUCCUUCUGAUGGUAACAUCCCCAGUGUGGGUAGCACCAUGGACCAGGACUACAGCCAGACCUACACCCCUCAGACCCACACGCCUUUCAUGUCAAACAGCGCUCCACCAAGCAACAGCGGCGCUGGCAUCCUGCCUUCACCUGCCACGCCGCGUUUCUCUGCGCCCACCCCCCGUACGCCGCGCACCCCACGCACACCUCGAGGCCCCUCCAGCGUCCAGGGCUCGCUCAAGUACGAGAACUCCGACCUGUACUCCCCUGCGUCCACGCCCUCCACCUGCCGACCGCUGAACUCCGUCGAGCCGGCCACCGUACCCUCCAUCCCAGAGGCCCACAGCCUCUACGUCACCCUCAUCCUCUCCGAGUCAGUCAUGAACCUCUUUAAGGACUGCAACUUCGACAGCUGCUGCAUCUGCGUGUGCAACAUGAACAUAAAGGGAGCCGAUGUGGGCGUGUACCUGAGCGACCCCAUCGGCGAGGCUCAGGAACCCUGCAGCUGCGGCUUCAGCGCCGUGGUCAACCGGCGUUAUGGUAACGGCUCGGGCCUCUUCCUGGAGGACGAGCUGGAUAUCAUUGGCCGCGGCUCGGACGUAAGCAGAGAGGCAGAGAAGCGCUUCGAGGAGCUGCGGCUCUCCUCGCUGGAAAGAACUGGAGUAGGAAGGGGCGACCGCGUCCCAGACGAGCUGAUUCUUCUGCUGCAGGACCAGUGUACUAACCCUUUUUCACCAAUUUCAAUCCUGGAGCAUGACAUCGUGACACGGGGGCCGAGUGGGGCCCCUGUGCCGCCCUGUGUGAGGGUGGAGGAGCGAGACUACCACAGCGACUGCUACAUGGCGCUGGAGCACGGCAGGCAGUUCAUGGACAACAUGUCGGGUGGCAAGGUGGAUGAGGCGCUGGUCAAGAGCACCUGCCUGCACCACUGGGCCAAACAAAACGCAGUGGACGUGAGUGCGCUGUGCUCUCAGGAUGUGCUGCGGGUGCUGAUGUCCCUGCAGCCUGUACUCCAGGACGCGAUCCAGAAGAAGAGGACGGUACGGUCGUGGGGCGUUCAGGGUCCCCUCACCUGGCAGCAGUUCCACAAGAUGGCUGGACGGGGCUCUUACGGCACAGACGAGUCCCCGGAGCCCCUGCCCAUCCCCACCUUCCUGGUGGGUUAUGAGUAUGACUUUGUGGUGCUGUCUCCGUUUGGUCUGCCCUACUGGGAGAAACUGCUGCUGGAUCCCUUCGGUUCCCAGCGGGACAUCGGGUACCUGGUGGUUUGUCCUGACAACGAGGCCUUGCUCAGCGGCGCCAAGACCUUCUUCAGAGAUCUCACCGCCGUCUACGAGGUAGAGUGCUAA